CAUGGCUGUGGUCUGUGGUGGGGAGAUGUUGAUAGUUUGGUAGAAGUUAGGCGAAGUAUCAGGUUGGGCUUUUAUGGGUUUCUGACAAAUCACAUUGACAGCCACCAAGAAAGUUACCACCUUUGUUCACUACCCAGCAUAAACUAUUGGAAACCCAUCAAUCAAUCUCUCAGUUAACUGCCAUUUGGCGGUGGGAAUUCACUAUUGAGCUACCCAACUGCACAUUUAAGGAAGCUGGUGUCUACUCUGUGCGCCAGAGUGGAGCUGCACAUUUAACUAGCAACAAUUAAGGCUUUGUCGAUUGUGGUGUGUGCAGAUGUCCCUCAUUAAUGGAACCGCAGUGGACAGUUCCCUUAAUUUGUAGCCUAACUGGCACGGUCUCGUGUCCAUUAGUGGGCCUGUAGUGGUCAAGGCCAAGGUGUUUGAAGAAAAGUUUAAAAGGGAAAUACAUACAUUCGCUUACGCUUAUUUAGAUGCUCCUUUUUUAUGGUGGUUGCGUUUUAGAAACUAGAACCAGUUCUUGAAUUGUAAUUGGCUGUUGCUUGCUACUCUGAAUCAUCUCAUUUUGAUCAUCAAAACCAAGUACCCAAAUGCUUUUCUUCCUGAUUUCAUGCUUUUCUUUUCUCCUGCUCUCCAAGUCAUUCUCUUUAAAGCCCUUCCUCUUAAUGACGAAUGACUGGAGAUUGUUGUCACUUCCUUGGUUUUGGGAGGAAUUAUGUAGUUUCAUUGUCUCUUGGUUGCAGAAAGGUACGCUUGAUAUUAGUUUCUACCAAGCUUCCCAAAUCAUGCCAUUGAAGAAGAUCAAUCAUGGUGCUAAGGUGGAAAGGGUAGAGGAAGAGAGAGUGAUUUCUUUGCUGGACUUGCCUGACUUGGCCUUGGAAUGCAUUUUGGAGCGGCUUUCGCCGGCUGGGUUAUGUAGCAUGGCAGAAGUUUGUGCUUCUUUGAGGGAAAGGUGUAGAAGUGAUCACUUUUGGGAGAAACACAUGAAGCCGAAGUGGGGUAGAUUGAUUGGUGAUGCUGCUUAUAGAGAAUGGGAAUGUCAUCUAGCCUCAACAAAGAGACCAACCCUUUUGGCCCAAAACAAACAAAAUGCGCUUUUGAGUUUUGUUCAGAGAAUUUUCCCUCUCUCUUGGAUUAGACCCAAGUUAGAAUGCAAAAAUGAGCCUAGAAAUUCUUUGCCGGUUGAUUCAAUCAUGGCUUUGUUUCUCUCCCUUGAAAGUGGCAAAUUCUGCUUCCCAGCUCAGGUCUACAAUCGAGAGAAUCGAAAUGUUGGGUUUAUGUUGUCAUGUUAUGAUGCCAAGCUUUGCUAUGAUUCACAGACAGACACCUUCCUGGCAAGUUACUCAACUUGCGGAAGGCGUAUGACAGAGGAUAAUAUACGAUGGGAUAGGAUAAGAGCACCAGCUGUUGACACUCCUUCUAAUGUUCUUCACAUCUCUGACUGCCUAAGUGACUUAAAUCCUGGUGAUCAUGUUGAGAUCCAGUGGAGAAGAAAUAAGGAAUUCCCAUAUGGUUGGUGGUAUUGUGUUGUUGGUCAUCUGGAAUCAUGUAGUGGAAAUGAAAACUACUGUCAUUGUCCAUAUCGUGAUACAGUGAUAUUGGAGUUCAAACAGUACACCCCCGGCUCAAGAUGGAGAAGAACAACAAUUAGCAGGAAGGAUCAUCGAGAAGAAGGCGACGAAGCUGGUGGCUUUUAUGGUGGAAUUAGAAAGCUUUACUUGCAAGAUGAGAUUUCGACGUGGAAAUCCCUCUGGCCGGCCCAAAUCUUGGAAUGAAGAGAUUACAAACGAUCGACUUUUUUUCCCCAGUUUUAGGCCUUAUAAAAUCCUGUGAAUAAGCUCCCCCUUCUUUUCUUUUUGUUUCCUCUUGACUUUGUGAAUAAAGAGAUUAGAGUUCAAAGUCAUGGAAGUUGUUCUGAGAAGAUUUUGUUCACAAGGAUGCAAACUUGCACCUAAUGUACAGGCAGAUGUUGUAACUUGUAAGUUGUGAUCUGUAUUAGAAAUAUAUGAGUCUCAUUUUGGGAACAAAACUUGAUUGA